AUGAUAAGCAAGUCGAAGUUGCAUAAAGCUGUUAUGGAGGGGCAAUGGUGGGAAGUAGAAACCAUACUGAGAGGUGAAACAAAUGAAAUUGGGGAGGUAAUCAACAAUGAUGGCGAAACGGUUCUCCAUAUAUUGGUUAGAACAGAUGGAAGCACAGCCCUUCACAUUGCCGCAAUUACUGGCAACACAGAUGCAGCUGCUCUCUUAAUUAAAAAAAUGAAAAGUUUGAUGACAGUUGAAGAUUCUUACGAGCAUGUACCAUUCGUAUCAGCUUAUAUGCAUAAGCAAUUAGAUGCCUCCGUAUUUUUGGUCAAAGGUAUUCAUGAGAAUUUGCAAACCCACAAAUGGAGUGCAGGAGAGCAUUCGAUAGCAUUCAGCCUUCUUCUUGAUAUUAUUUUUUCAAGAAAGUAUGAUCUAGCAUUAGGCUUACUCAAUGCAUUUCCAGAUAUGGCUGCUAAAGAUACUGUUGAUUUACUUAUGGCUUUAGCUAGAGACUUUCCAGGUGGACUAGGCUGUGGGGAAGCACUUGUUUAUCUAUCUUUCACAGACAUUCGCCGUAGGAUCCUGAAAAGAACUAGUUGGUUGCUUACUCCAGUACAAUUUUGCUCCUCAGGAGCCCUAGCUGAACCUGUUAAGGAUGCCUUAUCAGCAAUAAUUAGGAUAUUAAUCGGUGAGACACUAAUGAUAAGUGGAUUCACCUAA